GGCGAAAAACCCUAUCGCUGUGAAAUAUGCGGAAAAUCUUUCACUCAGAAUUCAAGUCUUAUUUACCACAAACGUAAUCACACUGGCGAAAAACCCUAUCGCUGUGAAAUAUGCGGAAAAUCUUUCACUCACAAUUCAAGUCUUAUUUACCACAAACGUAAUCACACUGGAGAAAAACUCUAUCACUGUGAAAUAUGCGGAAAAUCUUUCACUCAGAAUUCAAGUCUUGUUAGUCACCAACGACGUCACACUGGAGAAAAACCCUGUCACUGUGAAAUUUGUGGCAAAUCUUUCUCUAAUAGUUCAAAUCUUGUUAAACACGUACGUAGUCACACUGGGGAAAAACCUUACCAUUGUGAAAUAUGUGGAAAAUCAUUUAUGUCAAACAGUAUCUUAAAAACACACAGAAGGAUACAUACUGGAGACAAACCCUAUGACUGCGAAAUAUGCGGAAAAUCAUUCAUUAAUAAUUCAAACCUUGUUAUCCACAUACGCAGUCACACUGGAGAAAAACCCUUCCGUUGUGAAAUUUGUGCGUAG